GUUCUGGGGGCCUGGGCUGGGAGGUCGCCGGUGCGAGUGUCCUCGCGGGUUGGUCAGCGCGAGCCUGUGACAGCUGCGGUUGCUCCCCGCCCCUAGGAGCCGAGGUGCGUGGGGGAGGGGAAGGAAGAAAAAGUCCGGGUCCCGUUUCCGCUCUCUUCUCGCCAGGGUGAGGCGACCCCGGAGAGCAGCGGCAGGGAUACUGCUCCAACUGAGGGCCGCCGGUGCCCCGCAGACAGGUAUGUCUGCCUGCAGCAGUGGUACAGCUCUUGAUGCAUCUAAACCAGCCACUGAAGAAGUCAAGUCUAACUCUGAGGUCAUUCUUUGUGGGGAAAGAAAAUGGAUAAUAAGAAUGCUGGUACAUCUUUUGGCAAAUGAAUAUUCUUCUUCUGGAGUCUACCAUGGCUCAAGAGUCACCCAAAAAUUCAGCAGCAGAAAUUCCAGUGACUAGUAAUGGAGAAGUUGAUGAUGUUCAUGAACAUGGCUUUAAUAGGGAUUUGAAGCGUUCAUUGCCAUCUGGACUUGGUCUCUCAGAAACUCAGAUUACAUCUCAUGGCUUUGACAGCACCAAAGAGGAGGUUAUGGAAGCAGGAGCAUAUCAAGGUUCCCCAGAACCGCCUUUGCCAUCUGUUAUGUCUCCUAGCAGGGUUGCAGCUAGUCGACUGGCUCAACAAGGAAGUGAUUUAAUUGUUCCUGCAGGUGGCCAGAGAACACAAACAAAAAGUGGACCAGUUAUUCUAGCAGAUGAAAUUAAAAAUCCUGCAAUGGAAAAGUUAGAACUUGUUAGAAAAUGGAGUCUGAACACAUAUAAGUGUACUCGACAAAUUAUCUCUGAGAAGCUAGGCCGUGGCUCAAGAACUGUGGACCUUGAACUUGAAGCUCAGAUUGAUAUUUUAAGAGAUAACAAGAAAAAAUAUGAAAAUAUCCUCAGACUGGCUCAGACCUUGUCAACACAGCUUUUCCAGAUGGUUCACACCCAGAGGCAGCUUGGAGAUGCGUUUGCUGACCUGAGCUUGAAGUCUCUGGAACUCCAUGAAGAAUUUGGCUAUAAUGCAGAUACCCAGAAGCUUCUGGCAAAAAACGGAGAGACUCUUCUUGGGGCCAUUAAUUUUUUUAUUGCCAGUGUAAACACUUUGGUGAAUAAAACAAUUGAAGAUACAUUAAUGACUGUGAAACAAUACGAAAGUGCCAGAAUUGAAUAUGAUGCAUAUCGCACUGAUUUGGAAGAACUGAAUCUUGGACCACGUGAUGCAAACACUUUGCCCAAAAUUGAGCAGUCACAACAUCUGUUCCAAGCACAUAAGGAAAAAUAUGAUAAAAUGCGCAGUGAUGUUUCCAUCAAAUUGAAAUUUCUAGAAGAAAAUAAGGUUAAAGUGUUGCACAAUCAGCUGGUCCUUUUCCACAAUGCCAUUGCCGCCUACUUUGCUGGGAAUCAGAAGCAGCUUGAACAGACCCUUAAACAGUUCCAUAUCAAAUUGAAAACCCCUGGAGUGGAUGCCCCAUCUUGGCUUGAAGAACAGUAAAGUCUCACCUGGAAAGAAAAGAAAGCUAAAUUGUUACAGUUCUAAACAAACCUAAUGAGAGUUUAGUGGAGUUGGGAAGUGGUGAGGGGUGGCAACCAUUGUAGUGAUUCUUGCACAAACAGCUUUAAUUUUCCCCUUUUUCAUACCUUAACAAUUGAACUGUUAAAUUUGAUGGGAAGGUGGGUGGUUUUAAUGUAGACAUUAUUUCUGUAAUUUGAACACAAUAAUUUUCCUUUUUGAGAAAUCCUUUUGUAUUGUGAGGGUUGAUGGCUAUUUCUGUAGUUUGAAAACAUCUAAUAUAGAUUUGCACUGAUAAAAAUUUAAGGUUUUUGGUCCUAGAAAUAAGGGCCAGUUGUAACUUUUCCAAAAGGAGGUUUAUGUGAUUUGUAUCGUCAGAUAUUUUAUAUAUGAAUAUAUUAAACAUCUUUAUGAGAGUCAUUUUCAUGUAUUGUUUUAAAGAAAAAAGAAACUAUUUUGCAGAGUAAAUUAUAUGGUCCUGCAGCAUCCAUGGAGAUGGCAGUGCUAAUGAAUCACUGAUUGGCUCAUUGGGGUUGUGGCAGAUACCUUUUUAAAAAUGAAAUCUCUACCACUGUAAUUUUGUUUGGAUUUUUUUUUUUUUUAAGACACAGGAAUUACACUGUCAUUUCUGUGAGGCCUUUAAGCUUGUGAAUUUGUAUCAUCCAAAGUCAUUGAACAGUUACAUUAGCAACUUUUUUUCUUUUGAUUUAUAGUGAAACCUACUUUAAGAUUUUUGUUUGUUUGUUUAUUUGGGGGUUUUUUUGGUACUGGGGAUUGAACUCGAGACCUUGCACUUGCAAGGCAGGCGGUGGAACCACUGAGCUAAAUCCCCGGCCCUAAGAUUAUGUUUUUAAAACAAGUGGACUUGGGAAUGGAAAUUCUUGAUGGUUUCUAGAGUAGAAAUCUGUAUUUAGAAAGCUAGUUUUUGGUUAAAUUGCAUUUUGAUAGAAGUAAAUUCCUAGAGAGCUUUCCUUGACUUCCAUAUGUAAUAAUACCAUUUAAGCCUUAAAUCACAGAUACGUGCCUUCUCAAAUACAGUAAUUUUUAUUUAACCAAUGUACAUAACAAAACCCCUUUCUGAUAAUGUUGGAUGUGUCUGUUAAUGUUGGGUUUCUCUGUUCUCAUUAAACCACAUUUGAGGUUUAUGGUGAAAUCAACUUUGAGUUUGUUGUUUGGUUUCUCUUGAUUCCUUUUAAAGAAGGGGAAGACAGAAAGAUUUUUUUCAUUUGAAUACUGGAAAUGUCAAAUGAAAAGGUGGUGGUGACAGGAAAGGCUAUUGGAAAGGCCAGUGCUGUUUUAGCCAUGCAGAACUUGGUUUCAUGUUGUGUAGUAGCCUGUCUGCCAUGUGGUUCCUCAGUAACAGAUCCUCUUUAAAUGUAAAGUUCCUUUGAUUUUUACCAUAGACCUGAAUUAAUAUUUUUAAGAGAUAUCUCUCUUCCUGUUCAUUUCUAUUGUGUUGAAAUGCAGUACUUGAAAUUACUGUUAUACACGAACUUUGUGGAUUGUAAGAUUUGUUAUAUAUGUUCAAAUGCCUUUUAGCUAGCUUUUUAAUCAAUUAGAUGCCUAAUUUGAGUGCUUAAUACAAUGUAAUGUGACUGUAAAUCAUAAACUUAUUUUAAAUCAUUCCCUCUGUACAUUUGUACUCCAAAAGAGCCUUACUUUAUUCUUCCAGCAGAAAAACUACUUGUGAUAGUUCAUUUACAUUCCCCAAAAUGUGCCUCUAGUGUGAAUUUUGUAUUCUUAUUAAAAGUGUUUGCUGCAGUACCUUG